UAUAGUUCCAUGAAACAUAUGUUGUUUUUUUCAGAUUCAAUAUGGAAGAAUCAUCGAAAAUUCUUAAAUCCAGCGUUCAGUCAGAUACUGCUGGACACAUUCAUGGGAGUCUUCAACAGCCAGUCCAGGAAGCUGGUGAGGGAACUGGAGAAGGAGGCUGGGAAGGGUCUCUUUGAUCACUGGACUUACACACGACAUAAUGCCCUGGAGACUAUUUGCUUGACAGCGUUAGGAGUGGACUUCACAGACUCGAACCUAAACAGCCAGUACGUGGAGGCGACGGAGGUGAUCCUGAACACCAUCGUGGAGCGGUUCAUGAAGUUCUGGUGGCACAGUCCUUACACCUUCGCAUGGAGUAACGUGAAGAAGAAGCAGGACGAGUGUUUGAAGAUAUUGCACAACAUGUCUAAUAUGGUAAGGAAUUUAAUAAAAACGUACCAAUCUAGUUAUAUUUUCAAUGCACAAUGCUCUGUAUAUUUUUUAGGAACCAGGUUCAAAGCUUUUAUGGACCUCCUCUUAGAGCUGUCACUUGAGAAGGGAGUAUUCAACGACAGAGAGAUCCGAGAGCACGUGGACACUAUGAUAGUCGGCGGCCAUGACACCUCCGCUAAUGUGCUCAUGUUCACCAUGAUACUCCUUGGGUCACAUCCUGAGGUUCAAGAGAAGGCUUACGCCGAGGUACAAGAAGUUCUAGGAGGUGACAGAGACGUGGAGAAGACAGAUCUGUCUCAGAUGGUGUACUUGGAAGCUGUGCUGAAGGAAAGCAUGAGAAUAUUCACCAUCGUACCAGUGCUUGCUAGGAAACUCGACAGGGAUGUUAAACUGAAAAACUACACCCUCUCCGCUGGUCGAACCUGCUUCCUAUUCGUGUUUGGACUGCACAAGCAUCCGAUCUGGGGCCCAGACGUGAACGAGUUCAUACCGGAACGCUGGUUGGAGCCGGGCAGACUGCCUGACAAUCCUAAUGCGUUUGCUGCUUUCAGUGUCGGGAGACGACAGUGUAUAGGGAAGGCGUACGCGCUGAUGUCUAUGAAGACGACUCUGGCUCACUUGGUCCGCAGUUACAAGAUCAAGGCUGACCACACGAAGGUGAGGCUCAAGCUGGACGUCAUGCUGAAGCCAGAUUCAGGUUACUGUGUCAGCAUCGAGAGGAGGACGUAG